UAUAUAAUCGUUCGUAACGGAAAAUUUAUCUUUAACAAUAAUGGACGUAAAUUUUAUACGUUAUUUAUUUAUAUUCAAUACUUGCUUUAUGACCAUUGUUGGAUUUAUUGUUAUUUAUGCUGAACCUUACUUACCUGUUUUAAUUACACGUACAUUUCACUAUGGUAAACAUGAAAUUAAAAUUCAUCAACCAUUAGUUGCAAAAGCCGAACUACCAAAAAGGUGGUUUAAACAUUUCUAUCUCUUUGCAACACCAGUUUCUACUUGUUCUCUUAUCCUAUUUUUCUAUAAAUAUUUUAUGAACGGUACAAUUCCUGAAAUAAUAUAUUGGUUAUUAGAUAUAUCACUUGGCAAAUCUAGAAAAGCAUUAAUAUCACCAGAAUGUGGAUAUUUAGCCAUAACACUUUUUACUUUUCAUUGUUGGAAAAGAUUAUACGAAACACAUUAUGUUACUGUUUUCUCUGAUAAAAAAAUGAAUAUCUCUCAUUACAUAGUUGGAUAUAUACAUUACAUAGGAGCAAUAUUAAGCAUUAUGGGUGAAUCACAUGGUUUCGUUCAAAAUGACAAAGAACUGAUUUAUUGGCAUAAAUUAACGCUCUUACAAAUAGUUUGUGCUAUCACAUUUUUAUUAUCUUCGUUGGUGCAAUUACAAACUAAUUUUAUUUUAGCCAGUUUAAGAAAAUCUAACAAUAAAGUUGUCUUUAUUGGCUAUAAAGUACCACAUGGUGGUUUAUUUAAAUAUUUGUCUGCACCGUUGGAAUUUACAGAAAUUUUAAUUUAUUUAAUGUUAUCUGUUAUUCUUUGGCAAAGUAAUACAUUUCAUUACAUUACACUUUGGGUUGUAAUAAACCAAAUAGAUUGUGCUGUAAUGACUCACAAAUGGUAUAAAAAAACUUUCCCAAAUUAUCCAAAGGAACGUAAAAUUUUGAUUCCAUAUUUAUUCUAGAUAUAAUUAUUAUCACUUUCCAUUUCUAAUACUUAUAAUAUACUUAUUAACUUAGAUACUUUGCAGAAAAUUUUUAUUACUUUCUUUUUACUAGACUCAUGUA